AUGGCCUCCACUGACGAAUCUCGACCACUCUCGCAACUCACACCUCUUUUACCCACAUCAUCAUAUCUCCUGCCAUACGCCGUGCCGCUUCUUCUGCUCUCCCUAUUGUUCACGUUUACCGGCACCUUAUUCACCCUGGAUCGCACACGGUCAUUCCCAACACGCAACAUAGGCAUCUCAUAUGCUUCACUCCCUGGUGCACUCGACCACCCGAAGAAAAAACGCCGAUUCACCUGGGCAUUAGAGGGUGGUAUUGGAGGGCUAAUUGGCGGUUUUCUAUUUGGUGUUCAUCUAUCGACUGCAUUGGCCCUUUUAAUUCCUGCGACAACAUCGGCUGCUAGCUUAUCGCCGAAGUCUUUCCUCGCCGUCUGGAUCAUCACCGCAGCCAUCACCAUCCUGCUCGCCGGCCGAUAUCGCUAUGCAGCUUACAUCUUCUAUGGUGUAUCUGGAGGCACCCUCUUAGCAAUCGCACUCUGCGUGAUCAUCCACCCCUCCUUACCUUCUCGAAUCAUUCUCACAGCCAUCUUCCUCCCCCUAACCACACUUGCUGUUAUCAUCAGCGCUGCUAUCCCCCGACUCUCUACCUCCAACUACUUUCAUCCUCUCCUCCGGAUCUGCACCGCAUCAACGGGUGCCUUCGGUGUCGUCCUCGCCAUUGCUCUCCUCAUGGAUCCGAAGCAAGCAGGCUGGGCGAACGUCUGGGAGAGGCUCUGGUUGAGGGACGGAGAAGGUUGGGGUGGUGGGAAGGAACAGGGGCUGAGUGCAGCGUGGGGUGUGUUCUUCGUGCUUGGGAUGGCCUCGGAUUGGGCGCUCAAGAGGUGGAUCGGAGAGUGCCCUGACGAGAAAUGGGACAGCUACCUCGCCAACUACGCCGCUAACCUGCCCAAUCAAGCCGACCGAGCGGGCAGCUUCCGCCCUCUCACCUCGUUCUGGGACCGCGUUUUCCCGCCUGCCCGUCCAUUCGAGCCCCGCAGUGCCAAGGAGAAGGAGAUCCUCUUCCCUGACGAAGCCGACUUCAACUCUACGCGCAAGCCCGCGAUCCUCACCCCGACGCUGCCUACGAGUACGCCCAUGAUGCUCCGGAACGUUGGAGCUUCUGCAGCGCACGGCAAGUUGUCGAAGGGCAAAUCCGAUUCUUCUGGGGCAGAUGAGGAGAGGAAACUUGACCCCGUACCAACGACAGCUGAGCUCCUCAAGAAGCCACGGAAGAAACACUUUGGAAUUGGUGGAUGGAGCCAUGACAAAAACUGUGCGGGACGCAAGAGGAAGCCGGUGGUCUUCGGCGACGUCAGCUCGGACGACUCUGACGGCGAUGACGAUGCCGAUGGGCUUGAGGCGGGCUUGAAGAAGAGGUCCUCCGAUACCUCCUCUCCUUCGUCCCCCGCACUUGGUGCACCAAAGACGAAGCCUCCGUUCCUAACGAAGGGACAAAGGGCCCAGCCGCUUUCACGCUCGUAUAGCUCCGAGGCGCCGACGCUCGUCGAUGGGCGCACGGACGGGGCUGGGAUGGACACGGUGCGGAGAAAGGAGAAGGCGAAGCAGGGAGAUGGGAGGUUGGAAGACUUGAAUACGCUGGACUAUGAGAAGGAGAUCGAGGCGGUGAAGGACAAGCUGCGCCGUGGGACCGGUGCCCCCUCAGGGACAAAGGAGGAAGUGGAGUACUCGGACUGGGAGGAAGAGGACCUCGCCACUGUCGAUCGCCAUCACCGACGAGGGCGGGGGCAGGAGAAGGAAGGCGAAUGGAGCCCUGGCUUCCUCAAGCGCCACCAAUCACAAUCCCAGGCGACCUCUGUUGGUCCACACCCAACCGCGGUCCCUGUCCCCGCCACGCCUUCGCUCAUCAAGGCCAUCGACCGCGUCGCGCUCGCACAGAGGGAGGCGUACGGUCCGUCGAGGGCUGCGUCUCAGGCCCGCCCACAGCACACUGAAGGGCGGAGUCCGACGCGAGCCCGAACGCCGCCGCGAGCUGAGGGUGGCGGUCAUGGAAAGGAGCAUGAGCGCUCGCCACGCUGGGAGGAGUUCUGGCGGGAGGUGAGGGCGAAGGCCCAGACGUAG